AUGUUUGGUGGUCGAUCUGAAUCAGAGCAAGGUGCUGCGGGUGGCCAACAACAGCAUUCGCAGUCUCCUCAUGAUAGAAUGAUGCUUUACGCGAAACCCAUACAACCCAAGCCUGUCAAGAGCCGGUCCAGAGCAGGUUGCAAGUACUGCCGAGACAAGCGAAAGAAGUGCUCCGAAGAAAAGCCACGAUGUUCGCGUUGCGUCCAGUUCGGCGUCGAGUGCGUCUACGAGCCCAUCAAGAAGCGCAAGAAGCGCACCACAAAGUUCACGGUCCCUUCGCCCCCGGACGCUGGCAGCACACCAGGUUCCUCCGGUCCCAGCACGGCGCCUUCUGACCCCACCUUGAAUCAGCAGCACCUCCAUCAGGCCUAUUUUGAGCCUGGACAGACACCAGAGGGGCUCGCCUCGUUCCUGGACCCCUGGGCCGGCGGCGACACAUCCAUGUCCGACUCGACGACCGGGACCUCGCCGUCGCUGCUGGGCUAUGAUGAUGCGGCACUCGGCGAGAACACGUACCAGAUUGGCACCUUUGAUGUCGCCGGCGCCAACGUCUGCGGGACGCAGGCUGAAGUCAUACCUUCGCUGGCGUGGAGCCCCCAGAUCGAAGAGGAUCUCCUGCCGUGGCCGUUCCUGGCCGGCCACAUGGACUGGGGAGAGCAUCAGCAACAGCAGCACCAGCAAAUUCUAGCCCCAGCACCACCGGCUCACAUGCCUUGGCUGGCUCCGGCGUCACCAAGGCCUAGGGGGCCGUUCUCGGCCGUGGCCGACCCGACAUCGCAGGCGCUGGACCACAAUGCGCUGGUAGACCAUUUCUGCCACUCGGUUGCUGGAAGUCUGUUACAGGGUGGCGGAAGUGCUGUCGUAGACCAUGUUGGGUCGCUGUGCUUUGGGAGUGCGGUGGUGAGAGAUGCGGCGUGUGCGCUGGCUGGUGCUGACCUGAUACGGACGGGGUUGAGAGACGAUGUUGACCAUGGGUUGUUCCACGAGCAGGCCUUGAUCGGGUUGACCACCUUGACCGAAGUCGAAGAGGACUGGGCAAAGGAGCAGACGCUCGGAGCGAUGCUGUUGCUCGUGUACUACGAGUUGCUUCUUCAGAGAGGCCCAACGAAUUUGAUCAGUCGGCACAUGCAACAAGCUUGGAGGGUUCUCGAAAAAGUCCACGCCUCAGAAAACCCAAGGCUUGUCUUUUUCCGUGAGGCCUUCAGAUACUUUGAUAUCAUCCACGCGCUCUCUUCUGACACCUCGCCCUGCUCUCCGUCCCCGUCAUCGGUUCAUUCUCACAUUUCGGUCCCGGCUGUGGACUCCUCCAUUAGCGCCAUAUCCGGCUUCACAGCCGACCUCUGGCCCAUCCUCCACCGCCUUGCCUCUCUACUCUGUCGACAGAGAGAUCGGAGCCUUUCCAGGGGCCUGCAUGGAUCUUCCGAAGACAAUGAAGCUAGCGACGAGCGAGAGGCGGCUCUUCAUGAGCUAGAGCAGGUUCUCGUCGCAUGGGAACCCGCCCUUCCACCUGGCUACACUCUUGUCAACCGUGUUGUCGAUGGACCAGAGGACGCCCCUGAUAAUGAAGUUGCGCGCAUCCGCGUCAUGACAAGCAAGGCGCUUGCGUGCAAACAGAGCGCCCUCAUAGUGUUGAACCGCGAGCAAAACGCCGAGGCGGUGCAGCGGCAUGCUAGGGCGGCGCUUUGGCACUGUGUCUCGGCGACGGGACCGCAUCUGCCGCCGGGGCGCGGUACGGGCGCCGGGAUGCUUUGGGCUUUGUUCGAGGCAGCAUGCGAAGCCGGAGAUGGCCGAGAUCGUGGCCUCGCGAGGCAGGCUUUCGCGGCAGUCGAGGCAGCGAGAGGUGUGGUCAAUGCUGCAAAGGCCUGGGAGGUGGUUGUGGAAGUCUGGCGAAGGAGGGAUCUGGCGAAGGCAGGUGGGAGGGCCGAUCCUGGGGGUGGCGGAUGGAGAAGAAUCGCCGAAGAGAUGGGGUUCAGCCUGGUAUUUGGAUAG